CUUUUUACCGAAAGCGAGAAAGAGGCUGAAGCACGCCUUACCCGCAUUUGCCUUUAUUCGUCUCCCAGUCCACUUCGCCUUCUCUCUCUCUCUCUCUCUCUCUCUAACAACUCCGGCACUUCACAAUUCAUACUGAAAUCUCUGCUUUAAAACCCAAAUAAAGCGCUUUAUCUUUCCUGAAACAAGGCGAUCAAGCAGAAGGAGAGAGAGAGAAUGUCUUCAGCAAGGAGACCAAAAUGGCAUCCGCCGCCGCCUCCGAGCCCUAGAAUCCUGCACUUACCCAGACGAACUCGCCGUAAAGCACCCAAACAGCUCGUUUCCGGCAAGCCAGUAGCAGUCAAGGAAACGGAUCAAUCUUGCCGUAACCAUAGAGGAAAGCUAGAGACUUUGCUUGAUCAAGAAAGAUCUUUUUCUCGUACUGUUCCGAUCGUUCUAUUGAACACUGGGGAAUGUGAGAGGAGAGAAAGGGUUGCGGACUUCGAUAACGAGUGUGGAGAGAAAGGACGGGAUUUUGAAGACUACAAGUGGCGGUUUCAAGCUGAGAUUCUCAGAGCCGAGUGUCAUUUCCUUAGGAUGGAGAGGGAGAUUGCUUUGAAGAAGUUGGAGAGGAAUCGAGCUCAGAUGGAGAUGACUCUUAGUUCUGCAGUAGAAACACUGAUUUCUGGGAGGAGGAAGAUCAGCGAAGGGAAGAACGUCGGCGUAGAGUUGGAGGAGGAGAUCGAAGAUCUAGAAGAGAAACUGGAACAGUUGAAGAAGAGCUCAGGAGUCAGGGAUUUCGAUGUUCGAAAGUGUAGUAAUUUUGAUAAGCAGGCGGUGGUUCUCCAAAAACGAAUAGAGACGCUUGGAGGAAUAUCAGAGGAAGAACGCGUGGAGGAGAUUCGAGAAUUGGCCGAGGCAAGCUUGGAGAUCAGUACAAACUGUAGAUCCAAUGAUAGCUUCGUUUCCGAUCGCAAAACUCGAUUUACAGAGGUGGAGAAUCUUCGAAGAAAAAUGGAAGGGUUGUCGAAGGGGAUGUUGGAGAGGAUGGAGGAGGAGUACAGGUCCAUCCUCUCUACUGCAACUACCUCUACUUCCAGUUCUGCUUCUACGUCCAGGCGAAUCGAAUUCCAUGAUUCCUUCUCUUCUUCAUUUUCUUCUUCUUCUUCCACUUCUACUGUAAUACGACAACAACCACUCCAGCAGGGGACGAGGAACAGGGCCUGCUCGGGGCUUUGCAAGUCUAUCAUCCGUAACAUAGUGGAGCAGGUGAGGGCAGAGUCGGAGCAGUGGUCCCAGAUGCAAGAGAUGUUGGGUCAGGUGAGAGAGGAAAUGGAGGAGUUGCAGGCUUCCAAGGAAUUCUGGGAAGAUAGAGCCUUCCACUGCGAGGACCGCAUCCGAUCCCUCCAUUCCACUGCGCAUGAAUGGAAGCAGAAAGCUUUGUCCACUGAGAACGUGGUAACAGAACUGCAGAAACAGAUAUCUGAGCUCCGUGUUGAGGUUGAGAGUUUGAGGACUGAACAAAAACACAAGGACCAGGCAAGAACAAGUGGCUUGCCACCACUACCUCGAGACUCACAGAAGGAGGAGAAGGAGAAGCGGGUUUUGAUUUGUCGUCUGAAGGAGAAUCACCACAUAGGUAGCUGCAAUGUAGGUAAGCAGAACGAAGGCUUAGACGAUGGCAAGAGAAGAGCGCGCAGAUGCAGCGGUGGGCUUGUCGCGGCAGCAGCGAAGCGUUCUCCUCUGCGGGAUGUUGGGAAUUCAUCAUCGCCAUUGAAUAAGCAAAGCAGUAGGGCAGUUUUCCCUUUGUACUUGCGUGAACCUUCUUCGCAUUCCCAGGAUAGCCCUUGAAGGUUGAAGGUCGAAACUUUGAAGGCGACUCAAUGAAAGAGAGAUGCUCCCUUAUCAUCUCUGUUUUCAACCCCAAAAAAUUUCAUGAAGAAUCCGUCCACCGACCACACCAACAUAUAAGAUCGUGUAUAUAAAGUUGUAACAGUGGCCUGGUGUCUGCCUGGUUUCAUUCAAUCAAAGUGGAUCUCUUUGUAAACCGUCAGAUCCGAAUCCAUCUAUGUUUCUUUGACA